AUGGUUGGCUUGGUCUGUUUGGCAAAGCCAAUCAAUCUUACUAGCACAGUACGACAGUUUUAUAUCGCAGCAGAAGAACAGACUUGGGAUUAUACCCCUUUACACUGGAACAAUUAUCUCAAUGAGUCCCUAGAAACAUCAGCUCGAUUUUUAUUGCAUACAGAUACCCGAAUCGGCAGUCUUUAUCAAAAGGCGUUUUACCGUCAAUACACUGAUGACACAUUCACCGUGCCCAUUCCUCAUGACGCUUCACUUGGCAUACUAGGACCUAUUCUUCGAGCAGAAGCAGGAGAUAAGAUACGCAUUACAUUUCUCAACCGUGCAAGAUACACACACAGCCUAUUUCCUCACACUACAAUACCCAAAAACUCUCGACACAGACUACCAGGUCAGUUUGUGGCUACAGGCGAACGAUACAAUUAUGAAUGGAAUAUACCCGCUGAUUACUCAUUUCCACUUAAUCAGUCCUCUGUUGUCUGGGCCUAUUCAUCCAAAUCAGAUCCUGUGAAGGAUGUGAAUGCAGGUCUCUUUGGACUUGUUGUCAUUUACAAAAAGGGCAUGCUUGAAUGGCCAUCGCCCGGUGCCAUGUUUCAACAUCCCAAAGGAAUCGAUCGAGAAGUAUUUACGUUCAUGUCCAUUACAGAUGAAAGUGAAUCGAGAUACUUUAAAGAAUCAGCUGCACUGGCCGGUUUUAGUUGGGAUCAUGUCAAGAAGCUUCAAAGGACAGAUUCCAUGUUUAAGCAUUCAACGCAAAUGUUUCAUAUCAACGGAUACCUUUUUAAUAACAACAAGCCAUUCACACUCGAAUGGGGUACAACUGUGCGCUGGUAUGUCGUCUCCUUUGGGGUCUCGUCUGAGGAUCCACAUACGGCACAUUGGCAUGGUGCUUCUGUCUUGUAUCAUGGUCACCGCGUUGACGUGGUCGAUCUUACGCCAAUCAGUUUUGAAGUAGCUGAUAUGGUGCCUGACAAUGAAGGAACUUGGUUGUUCCACUGUCAUGUUGCUUCUCACUUGAACAUGGGAAUGACAUCUGUGUAUAAUGUAGAAAAAGUCAUAAUUACAGGCGAUGAAGGCUGGGAAUAA